CGUUGGCCCAACAAGCUGUCAGAUUGUAACCCUGAAUUUCUCGUUAUCGUAAUUAAUUGGUUAUCGGAACUGUCCGAUCGCCAGCAAACACGUCUGGGUCAAGUCGACAGAUCAUUCGUGCGCAACAUUACAUGAAUUGUCAGUCAAAAUUACAAUACAACGAAAUGGAUCAAAACUAAAAACUUGUCGAUUAGGAGCUGCCGCAGAGAACGCAGAUAAGGAAGUCGUAUUAGAUAUAUUUUUGAAGUAUGACGUGAAUUUAACACGGCGUCGUAUGUAUAGCGAUACACAUAUUUACAGUCAGUUUUCAAAAGUGUAUCCAAAGGAGGAUUAACAUACGGCAAAAUGACUGCACUGGUACCACUGUUCUUUGAUCUCAGUCUAAACGUAGAUAUCAGCAAUGAGUGUGAACACACGAUUUUACGCUAUACUAUUCCGUACCGAACCAAAAAAUUAAUAGAGCUCCUCAUCGAAUGCAACGCUAACAUCGAUGUGGUCAAUAAAAAUGGCAAAAUCGUAGUUCAUCACUUCGUCAAAAAUAAAUAUAACAUAUUUAGAUACAUACCGCCGGAGACGAUAAUGGAACAGCGACCCUUGAUAGAGAAAAGCACCGUUGAUUACAGCAACUGGCUGAUGACUAAAGGCUUUGAUUUCAAAUACAAUUAUCAUAAGUGUCCAUUAAACUUAUUUAUGGUAGCCAAUUUACACGAAAUCUUACCCGCUUUGGCAUCACGUAGAGAUGACAUGACAGAUACCGACAAAGAUGAACGAACUCUGUCUCAAAUUGUCCUCCAAGUGAGCUUUAUUGAAUAUUUUAAACUAAAGCUGAGAAAUAAAUUAUACCAAGGUCCUUAUAUGUCAAAAGUCAUUAAAACUCUACUCAACAGUGGCGCAUCUUUCGAUUUUGCCAAUGAACUGGAUGCGGUUUUGAAAUUCACCUUUACCACAGAACGUUUCGACUUACUAAAGUUUUUAGUCGAUAAUAUCCCUGAAAAACACGCUAUGUGCUUAACCAAAUUUUUGCACUAUCUAAUCAAAAAUAUCAAAUCGUAUCACUUGCACUUCGGCAAACAUGAUCUUCAAGAUGUAAUCGAAACUUUGAUCUGUAAAACCAUGCAAUGCCAAUACGAGCCGAUAUCCGGAUACACAACUGUCCAAUUAGCAGUUUUGGAAAAACGCAUAGACAUACUCCAAUUUUUAUACGAUUACGGAAUAGCGUUCAACGUUUUGACGGCCAGAGGUGAAAAUCUGCUGCAUCUUCUCUGCCAAAAACCGUUCAACUUAAGAAGGAUCCCCAUCAGUGAUAAGGAAUACAAAGAGACGGUCGAUGUUCUUGUGAGCCAAGGUUGCGACGUAAACGCUGUGAGCGAGACGAAGCAAACUCCACUACACGAAGCUACGGCCCACGGAAGAGUAGUAAUAAUAAAGUCACUGAUAAAGCACCGCGCCGACGUGAACUCCAGAAACAAAGCGCUGAUGACUCCGCUGCACAUAGCAGCGGCAAAAGACCGAGAGUUCAUGGUGGGCCAGUUACUGAUAAAGAGUGGAGCAGACGUGAAUUUGCAAGACGAGAUGGGCAGGACGGCGCUGCAUUUCACGCUGGAAAACAAGGGAACGCUAGCGGAGCUGCUGUUGAAUUCGGGCGCUCGAGCAGACGUGCAGGACAAAUGCAAGCGCACGCCCUUGUACCUGGCUAUACUCAGGCGGCAUCUCUGGGAAGUCGAAAGGCUAGUCAAGUACGGCGCCAACUUUAACGAUUGCUUUCUCGUUAAGACUCUCGCCUCGCAGUGGUACGGAGAUCCCGCACCGGACAGAAUUUUGCAGGACUUCAUUUUGCCGAAGCACUGGAUCAAAUUGUCGGUCGCCGGAUUGCCCUGCCCCAAGGAGUGCCAGGCCCUCGCUCGACAACUCGAUUUUAAAGGCUGGCAGCGCGAGUGUUCCAAGGAGCUCGACAAAUUGAGACGCUGUCUCAUAUACGACCGAUUAACGUGUCUCAUGUUUAUACAGAUGAAUCCUAACCGUCGAUGCGCUUACGUCGAUAACCGGACGAUAAAGAAUUUUAUAAAAUCUCCAUUGUAUAACAGAUUUCCGAUUUAUAGUAGCAUCAUAAUGUCUGCUUAUAACGAAGCGUUGGCGAGGAAACCAUUGUUAGAACCAGCUACGCGAUCUCUGUUAGAGUUGACGGAAAUUGCCCUGCCAGAUAUAUGCGUGGAUCGUAUUUUCUCUUACCUAAAUAAUGCUAGUCUUAUUAAUUUAAUAGAAUCAAAAGAGUAAGGAAAUAAAUGUCACGUACGAAUAGCGAGAUGCAUUGCAGGUCAUUAUCUCUGCUAAAAAAAGUACACUCAUACGCAUUGUUCGAAUCCCAUUUCCAAAUAUAUAUUUUCAGAGCUUUUCUUGUGCUCCAAUUAUUCCAACUAAUUAUAAUUAUUUUAACUUAUUCUUAACUUCAUAUUAACAUAUUCUAUUCUGUAUAACUAUUUAUUAU